ACGGGUCUGAUCCCAGGCUGUCUACAGCGAGCAGCUGGCGCCUCUGCAAUGGGCUGAGCAAACGUCAGUCUGACCGCAGGGCAAUCUCGGGCUGACGCGCUGCUCCGCAAAACGCCAAUGUUAGGGGGUGGAGGGGAAGCAAAGUCAUUCGUUGGGAUUUUGUUUUUGCAGCCAGCAGCAGAAAAGCCGUGGGGCUGCAGACCGACCGCGCGGGGGGGAGGAGAGAGAGUCCAGGUGCGGAAAAUGGCGAGGUGUGGAGCGGCGCUGUUGCUGCUGCUGGCGGUGGCCAUCGUCCGCUGCUCCCCCGCCGCCGGCCCCGAGGAUGGAGCCGGGGAACAGCCGUCCUGUCACGGGGCGUUCGACCUGUACUUUGUGUUGGACAAGUCUGGAAGUGUUACAAACCAUUGGAUACAAAUAUAUUCUUUUGUCGAAGCUCUUGCUGAAAAAUUUUUAAGUCCUCAGCUACGAAUGUCUUUUAUCGUUUUUUCUGCAAAAAGUACAACCUUGAUGAGCCUGACUGCUGAUAGGGAAACUAUCCGCAGAGGUCUUCAAACCCUAAAACAAGAAUUGCCAGGAGGGGAUACAUUUAUGCACGAGGGCUUCAGGAAGGCAACUGAACAGAUUUAUCAUGAACACUACUCAGGACUUCGAGCUGCUAGUGUCAUCAUUGCAUUGACAGAUGGGGAAUUAAUUGACAACGUGUAUGACCGCACACAAGCUGAAGCUGAAAGAGCGAGAGGUUAUGGAGCUACAAUUUAUUGCGUUGGUGUGAAAGAUUUCAAUGAAACUCAGUUAGCCAGAAUUGCUGACAGCAUCAAUCAUGUGUUCCCAGUAACGGGUGGAUUUCAAGCAUUAGGAAGCAUUAUUGAUUCGAUUCUUAAGAAAUCUUGCAUUGAAAUUCUAGCAGUUGAACCAUCAAGUGUCUGUGCAGGAGAAUCGUAUCAGGUUGUGGUACGAGGCAAUGGAUUUUCCCAUGCACGGAGCAUUGAUCAAGUUCUUUGCAGCUUCAAGAUAAAUGACACAGAGGUGAUAACUGAGAAACCUCUUGUUGUGGAGGAUAAUUAUUUACUCUGCCCUGCUCCGGUGAUAGAUGAAGUUGGAAUGGUGGUUUACCUGCAAGUGAGCAUGAACCAGGGGUUAACAUUCAUCUCGAGUUCUGUCAGCAUCACCAGUACACAUUGUUCUGAUGGAACAAUUCUUCUAAUUGCACUAUUGGUUUUGUUCCUUCUGUUGGCAUUGAUCCUGCUGUGGUGGUUUUGGCCAUUAUGCUGCACUGUGGUAAUUAAAGAGCCACCACCUCCACCAAUCUAUGAAGAUGACUCUGAUGAUGAAGCAAUGGCAAGGAAAAAAUGGCCAACAGUUGAUGCAUCAUACUAUGGAGGAAGAGGAGUUGGUGGCAUUAAAAGGAUGGAGGUGCGCUGGGGAGGUAAGGGCUCGACAGAAGAAGGUGCAAAACUAGAAAAACCAAAAAAUGCAGUCAUCAAAAUGCCAGAUCAAGAGUUCGAAAUGUUGGAUUCUCGGCAUUAUAAAUCCCGGUCUUUUAAACCACCACAACAGAGGAAAUGGUACACGCCAGUCAAGGGAAAAUUGGAUGCCCUGUUGGCUCUCUUUCGCAAAGGAUAUGAUCAGGUAUCUCUAAUGAGGCCGCAGCAUGGAGACAAGGGUCGCUGCAUUAACUUCACCAGAGUAAAAGAACAUGAAGCCCCUUCUUCAUGCAAUACUGCAACUGCUCACGUGCCACCUCCUCACAAUGAAUAUAUUCCCUUAACCCCUGAGCCUCCCGGCUCUCCUGUGACAUCGGCCAGGUCAUCUGUGAGGAGCCCACCACCUGGACCACCACCAUCUCGUGCGCCUCCUCCUUCACGACCUCCCCCUCGCCCUGCAGUGAGAGAAUGACCUUGCAAGGAUUUAUACUGGAACAUCGGUGAGACAGAAAGUCCUGGCUAAAAUGGAUGAAUACUACUGGACUUCAGGUCAAUAUUUAUUACAUUCAUGGGCUUUGAGAAAGUUGAAUCUGUUGCUGUGCAGCAAGUUUCCAUCUGGAGAGCCCUAUUGUGUAAAACAUCUCUCUGGAGUUGAAGAUUAUAUUGCGCCCAUUAAUGUGCUAGUCAUUUAAUUGAAUCGAGGGGUUCCUGAAUUUUUAUAAAAUUCAUUCAAAUUUAAUAAUGUCCUGCAUUUUUGCCAUCUGAAAAUGUUUAUACUCAAGCAGAUCUCGAUUGAACACUGAAGAUCUGCAAUUAAAAAAUAUAAUACUAACUAUUAACUUGUGAAUCUGAUGUUCAGGUAUGCAUUGUCUUGAAUUCUGUUGGUGAACAUAAUUACAAUCUGCUGCAAAAUUAAAUGUCUGCAGAGACAGGCCCAGAAUGUUGGUAUAUGGAGAAAUAUCAGAAAAUCUGGAAAAAGCAUCCAAAACUAUGACAAUUUCUGCAUGAUACUAAUCUUCAAGUGGUGUACUUGACCAAACAAAAAAUAGCUCUAAAUUAAUACAAAUGUUGCAUAUAGGCAGCACAUCAAACUAUAAUAUAAUUAAGAGCUUUCAAUCAAGGGAUUGGUUCAGUUCUUAUAUCUCUGAUUUUAGUUCCAUAAAGAUAUGUUCAAAAAUAAGAAUAUUUUUAAAAAGCGAAAGAACUUGCAUGAGCUGCACCCUACCCAUAACCAAAAGAAACCCUCUGAAUGCAGAUAAUUAUGUCGUGAGUUUCUGUAGCUGGCAAACAGGACUAUUGUUAUAUGUAAAGGAAUCAAUAAAUUAUCAUCAAAGAUGGAGUAAUUUAGGGGGUGUUACACAUUGUGUGAAUAAUUCAACUUAAUCCACAUUUCCACAAUCUUUCAGGGUGUGCACUGGUAUCACACCCUCAUUGUUGCAAGUUUCUGGGUACGAGUAGAAAAAACAGGCUAUUUCAGACUUAUUUAGUGAGGCGGUAUGAUAAAGAGUUUGUCACAUUUACUUAAGUAUGUAAAAUCAUGGUCAAUCGACAUCAGGUUACUCGGUCCUUAUUUAUCACACGUUUAAAGAUAAAUGUGAGAAUGUAAAGCCAGGGCAAGUGAAAAGGUUCUCAUACGUAAUUAAUGUAAUGCAAGCCACAGGUUAGUUGACCAGUAGAAUAACUCUAAAGUUGCUUGUUGAUGCGAUAUAACAAAGAUUGACCCCAUAACUGAUUAAUUCGCUGAACUCUCAACUGCAAUUUAAGUUAUACUUGACUUCUUUUGUACAGGGUUAGUGACCCUAAACUGUGCUCGACCCAAACAAUGGUUUGAAUCUAGAGAGUAUUCUUGCUGUCCUUGAAUUUUAAAUGGUGCAGAUGGACGAAGCAGGUUGUGACCCGUGGUAUUCCUCUCUUCACAUGUGUAAAGUUGAACAUGCCCUUCUUAUAGAACUUAUUAACGAGCUACCAGAUAACAGGGUUGUUUUGUGACAAGAUCUGCGUAACACUGUUAACUGUGGGUAAUAGCUCACAGAGAAAGCAUUCAAAAAUAUAAUUAGGGUUUUGGAACUGCUUAUCUGCUGGAUGCUAAGCACUUUAUAGUUAUUUCAAUGUACAUCUAAGGGCCCUAAUCCUUUUUCAGACUAGAUCUAAUUAUACAAUUCUAAUUACUUAUUCCCUUCCUUACAAAUUACAUUAUACCAUUUUCUUCAGGACACAGCUACAUUUUGGCACACGUAAAUAACAAUGUCUAUUAUUGUGUUUUAUAACAGAUGAGAUACAUAAAUCCCAUUCUGGUAAAGGAAAUAUUGUAAGCUUUUGUGCUAAUAGAGAAAAAAAAAAUACUGCAGGACAGUUAAAUGUAUUAAUUUACUAAACUGUGGUCUAGGUGUAGGUACUUAAAUCUGAGUAACGUUGGCCACUAAAUCCUCAAGAUGAUAGCUGCAUGCAAUAGUUAAUAGAGCAAGCUUAAGUGAGCUUGAGUACCACAUUAAUAUUUUGCUUUAACAUUUAGUACAUAAAUCCUGCUAAUUCUUUCUUUUUAACCAUGGCUUGUGAUCAUAUUUGAAAUUGGUUAUUUCAUGGAACAUAUCUGGUAAGCACAUGAACGGGUUAUGCAGUCAUAAAUGGAAAAAUAUCUAUAGAAAGGCAAACUGGAAUGCAUUCAUGUUUCAGUGGCUUAGGCGCUCAAUUUAAUAGAAUCAACAAAGGAAAACUUUGUCUAAUCAUGUUUGGAUUUGGGCAACAUGCACCAUAGAGCAAAGCGACCAAAAUAACCUCAACACUAGUAGUGUGCCAUGCAGACCAUUACUUAGUUACACACAAUUGAAACUCACAAAACAAAAACCAUCACAUGGGUAUUGUAUAAAGAUCCACAGGGCUCAGGAAAUGUUAUAUGAUAGCUGGUAGCAUUUUGCUAGACUGGCAACUUCAUACUGAAAGCAGAUUAAAAGCAAUUUUAAAGUGUUAAUAGUGAUUUGCAUUCUUUAAUUUUAACUUGAACGGAUGACAAUAUUUUAUAGUUGUAAAGAUUCUAUUAACUGUUGCUUUCAAAAAGAUAUCUCUCCAAGAACAAAUAUUAAAUGGAGCCUUUUGUAUGGUUUUAUUGUAUGUAAUUAAUUUGACGACAGCCAUUUUAUAGCAGUUUUAUGAAAUUAAAUUUGAUUCCUAAUGUGUUUUAAAAUAUUUUUUGAUUGUUUUCUUAAUGAUGCCAGAAUUGCAAAUUUGGAAUCAGUACUAAAAAAACGGAGCUGUCCAAUGUUGUGUUUUAUUAUUUUUUAAAUAACAAUGUAUAUAUUUUAGAAACAAAAUGAUAAAAUUAUUGGGAACAGAACUUCAGCGGGAGAAGGCUGGAAGCAUAUGGCAGACCAGGACUGAUGUGUGAAUAUUUUGAGUGGGCCUUCACUGUCUGAUCUGUUGUGUAUUGUAAACAUUUGCUGAUUUUGGAAAGCAAAUCAUUUGGCUAUAAAAUUCAUUGGUUCAGCAAUGUGUUAAUUGGUCAUAUUUAAGAUAUUGAAUAUUUUAAAGUGCAUGGAAAAUGUAAAUGCAAACAUGACAGAAAAUACACAAUUUUCAAUUUCUAGCACAUGUGGGAAUCCUCAUAAAUAAAUAAAUGUUUUUUUUUUAAUCACAUCAACGGCAUACAUAAUUUGACACUAUACAAAGAGAUUUAAAUACUGAAACAGUUAAAUUGUGUUUCACAUUUGUAUUGGCAUCAAUCUGUUUUAAAUGUACAUCCGAUAAGUUUGUACCUUUCCAGUUUGUCUGUACUUUCUGCAAUCAUUAAUAAACUGCAAAACUUUUACAU